AUGGCUGACCAAGAACACGACGACUCUGUCCAUCAAAUUGACGUUCAGAACAAGAGACUGCUACAUGCAGCUCGAACGGAUGACUUGGAGCUCUUGCAAGAGAUCAUCUCGUCCGGUGCCUUCGAUGCCAACCACAGCGAUGGCGUAGGCCGCAACGCCCUCCACUACGCCGCCUCUUCGCAAUCGACACAAGUUCUGCCCGAGAUCCUCAAUCUCGAGAUCGACGUCGACUACCAGGACCGUACGAAUGCAGACACGCCUCUGCAUGCAGCCGUCAACGUCGACAUUCCGGACGGAGAGGCAGGCAAGGAGGUCGAGGAGAUCCGGAACUGGAUCGUCAACGAGCUGUUGGAAGCAGGUGCAGACCCAACCAUCCCCAACAAGGACGGCGAUCUUCCAGCAGACCUGCUUGCUUACGGAACCAAAUCACGCUCCGAACUGGGCCAGGAGCUCGUGGCAAGGUUGAAGCGAGGUCAAGCCGAGAUCAAUGUAAAUGCAAGCGAUAUCGCCAACGACGACGACGUCGCAGAUGACGACGAAGGUGAGUCGAAGCGCUUUGCUUCCUUGAUCCAGACUGAUGCGCCUGCAAGCUGA